AUGGGUUUCGGAGGCGAUGUUGGUUCGAAAAAGGCCGUGGGCAGUGAGCUUACGGCUGUCUUGCCCCAUGACGGACUACCGUGGUGGAAACGCGGAUAUCUGCUCAAGUUGAACUUCAGCUUGUUGUCUCUUGUCCUAUUCUGUGAGCUCAAUCGCUUCCCGGCCGUUCCACUAACUUCUUCUGACCUCAAGUUCUCUGCAGCUUCGGCCAACGGUUACGAUGGAUCGCUCAUGAACAGUCUCCAGGCCCUUGACCAAUGGGAAAACUUCAUGGGCAAGCCCUCGGGGGCCUGGCUGGGCUGGAUCAAUGCGAUUUACUGGCUCGGCGCCGGCAUAUUCUUCCCAAUUGCUGCGUGGCUGGCCAACAAGUUCGGACGCAAGCCCGGUGUCUACGCUGGAUACAGUUUCCUCGUCCUCGGCUCCAUUCUCCAGUGCGCGGCUCCAAACGACGUGGCCUUCAUCCUCGCCCGUUUCUUCGUCGGAUGCGCCUCGGCCCUUUUCGGCAACGCCGUUCCGGUUCUGAUCAACGAGAUCGCGUAUCCUCCCCACCGCGGUAUCCUCAACGCCCUCUUCAUGUGCGGAUGGUACGUUGGCGGCUCGGUAGCGGCGUGGGUCACCUUUGCGACGCGCGACUACACCAGCGAAUGGGCGUGGAGACUGCCAUCCCUCCUCCAACUUCUUCUGCCCGUACUAGCCCUUCCCGGACUCCUGCUGGCUCCCGAGAGCCCAAGGUGGCUGAUUUCCGUCGACCGUCCGGACGAGGCCAAGAAUAUCCUCGCUAAAGCCCACGCUGGCGGCGACCAAAACUCCGCGCUCGUUAACUACGAGUUUAUCGAGAUCACAACCACCAUCAAGGCAGAACAGGAGGCACAUGGCGUGGCAAGCUACGCCGAUAUGGUCAAGACCCCCGGUAACCGCUACCGGUUGUUCAUCUCCAUCAGUCUGGGCAUCUUCGCCCAGUGGGCUGGCAACGGCGUGGUGAGCUACUACCUCUCGCUAGUACUCGACACCGUCGGCGUCACGAGCGUCACGAAUCAGACGCUCAUUUCUGCUUGCUUGCAAGUCUGGAAUCUGAUAUUUUCUGUUGCUGGAGCGCUCUCGGUAGAUCGUCUGGGUCGCAGGCCGUUGUUUAUGGCUUCGGCUGUCAUCAUGUUGAUCUCCUACGUUCUCGUCACGGCUCUCUCGGGCUCAUUCGCCGAGACAGGAAAUUCAAAGACUGGAAUCGCCGUCAUUCCGUUCCUGUUUGUCUUCUUUGCUGGUUAUGACAUCGCUCUGAGCCCCUUCCUCACUGCUUACCCCUGCGAAAUCUGGCCCUUCCGCCUCCGCUCCCGCGGUCUCACGGUAACGUGGGUUGCCUCUAUCACGGCCAUCUUCUUCAAUACCUUUGUCAACCCCAUCGCUCUGGCUACGAUCGGCUGGAAGUACUACAUCGUAUUCGUUGUUGUGUUGCUGGUCAUGCUUGUGACGGUGUACUUCUGGUACCCCGAGACGGGAGGACGAAGUCUAGAGCAGAUUGCGACUAUUUUCGACGGGGAGGACGCCGGGGUUCCGGAUAUGCAGAGAGUGGAGUUUUCGGGUAAAGAGGACGUCGAGAUGAAAGAGAAGGUUUGA